UCAUGGUUUAUGAGAUCAUAUCCAGGUCCUAUCUUUUCACCAGAUCAUCCGACAGGCUAUCCAGGCCCAUGGAGACAUGGAGACCAAGACGAGGACCAGGGAUCCAGGUCAGAGGAGCCAGAGGAGGGAGAGGAUCAUGAGGAGGCGGGAGAUCCUGAUCCACCUACAGGCGAUCAGUCCAGUGUCGAGGAGGAGGAGGAGGAGGAUACAGAUAGAGAGGAGGAUGAGGGAGAUGCAGGUGAUGAUGCGGAUGAGGAUGAGGAUGACGAGGAGGAGGAUAGAGAUGAUGAGGAGGAAUCGGAUGCAGCUCCCCACCAUUCAGGAGACGAUACCAUAGCUCUGGAUCCACCUCUUAUUCCCCAACAGGGGGAACAUGAGGCGAUACGGAGACCUAUUCCUAGUACCGUCCAGCCUACACCCAUCGUGCAUAGAUUAUUCGAGCGAGGGGAGCCUAGCGGUGCCCAGGCACAGAUAGUACCAUAUCAUGAUCCCUACUGGCGUGAGGGAGAUCCAGCUAAUGUGCAGGAAUGGCGUUCCCUGAUUCAGCAGGCAAUGACAGAUAUUUCCAUGAUAGCACAGAUCCCCAGUUCCUCACAGAUUGCCUAUAGGCCUCAGGGGAAUGCGGGUCGGCAUGAGGACUUGUUUUCCCCAUUCCGAGUACAGGUAGAUAUAUGGAGGGAGAGAGAGAGAGUCCUAUCAGAGGAUGUCCAGCGGGCGCGGCAGAGAGAGAGAGUCCUAUCAGAGGACCUCCAACAGGCGCGACGAGAUCUAGUAGCAGCUCAGGCCGAGGCUACCACCUAUCACGCGAUCCUUAUGGAUAGGGAUCGUAGGAGUUCCUCUCGGAGUCACUCACGGUCUGUAUCGCGCUACACACCCAUGGGUCCACCUUCACGGCCAGAUCAGGAGGGAGUGUCCAGUCGACACUCUCCAGCCACUAGCCCUAGGGAUAGGAGAUGAUUUUAUGAUGUAAAA